AUGCCGCUGUUCUCCAGGCUUAAGAACAAAGGAGCGCAACCGGCGGCGAAGAGCAAGGGACAGACUGAGGCCACUCCUGCUGCUGCCCCUGUCAAACCACGGUAUCAGGCGACAUGGAACAGCAAAGCGGUCGAUCCGAGCGAGGUGGAGGAGCUCGUACAUGCGUGCACGAGGGAGAUGAAGUCAAGAGCCGAGGCGCUCAAUGCCCCUUUUAUGCUUCUACCAUUCCGACCAGAUACAGACCCGAGCGGUGCACGCACAUUCGUCCGCAACUUCUACAAGAGCAACUCUGAAGGUCUAUCACAAUACCGAGGGAGCAACCUGGCACAGGAACUGCGGUUGACUGAGGCGAUUGUGCUGUGCAGCAUACUGAAAUGGUGCUGGAGUCGCAUCCCUGGUGGCGUGGUGUCAUGGCCAGUGUAUGAAGGCUUUCAGAUCGGAGAGAAGGAGUCGAACCUGGCACGCAACGCUUUCGACACUUUUGUGCCCAUGUGCGCCGACACCGUAUCGAGGAGGAAUAUUAUCUUCGACUUCUUCGACCUGUUGGCAGCGAUCGCGGCGCAUGGCAAACUCAACGGACUGGGUGGACGCAAGCUCUCACGAUUAGCAGGUUGGUGGGCAUUCGAGCACUCAGACGAUGGCAAGGGCUUCGAGGGCGGCUACAAAUCUUGGGCGAGCGCGGCUGAUGCAUCGAGCCAUCUGUUCUUCGCAUAUCUGCGGUCAUUGUCGCCAGACACAGACCCGUCGCUCACAGUCAUCGAGAGGAUACCGCGAUCGCUACAAGCACUUCUGGCCCAGACUGAGUACCCGCCAGAGACGCCCUCCUUACUUCAACGAUCGACGCCACGAGUGGUGAUGAUGGUCGAUUCUGUGUCACCCACACCAUUCGCAUUACUACGAAGAGCGGCGCAUUUUGAGUAUCGCGAGGAUGACCGUGUUCUGCGCGCCUACUCGGAGUUCGACGAUCCGGUCGAAGGGUUGACAGAUGAGUGCAGGCGAGUACUAUACGCCAUUUCUUCGGUCAACUCAGCAGCUGCAGUGUCCCGUCACGGUAAUGCUAUCAAAACUGGCCAGGAGUCGUGGUCUGCUUUUCAGAACAUGGGCUUCUCGGAUCUCGAUGCAGACGCAUUGUCUAAAAAGUCCACGAGUAAUGUAAACGGUCACGCAAAGCCGACCGAACAGGGUCUGCGCUCGCAGCCUCGCUCGCGAAAUGAUAUCGACAGGCCAACGACACCUUCGUGGGCCGACUUUAUGUCGUCUGGAUUUGUGGAUGAGGAUGGUGGACAGACGCCCACAACUUUAAGCCUGCCACACGACAAAGUUCUGCCACUCCUCGGCAGCAGAGCACCAACACCAUCAGGUCAGAGUCAUGCCGGUGAUGAGCGCUUGGCUCCAGGCGAGAUGGCUGCCAUCACGAAUGUUGAGCUUGAUGAUGCAUUUUGGUGGGUGUGGAUGACUAGUCUGUCGAGUGAGGAGCCCGCAGGUCGGAAAGGAGUCUUUGGACGAUGCGCAUUGAUUGAGACGACUGUUAUGCACGGCCGAUGGUUGAUCAUGGAGGAGCAAGUCAAGGGCGCUUCGCCUGAUCCGACUGAGGGUGUUUUUAUUGCGCCAAAGAAAAGCUUGUUUAGCUUCACGAAGCGUGGUAGGAACAAGCGCACGAAGAGCGACAAAGCACCGCCUAUGCCAGUGGAGCCAUCAUUGAACCGCAUGGUUUCCUCGACUCCGAGCAAAAGUAGUCUUGCGCCCGCGCAAGCGUCAAAGAUCAAGGAGGCCGCGGCAGUCUUGGCACGGAAUCAGAGCUCGCAAGGGAGUGGCGACGCGCAGAGGAGAGGACGACAUGAUGAUACGGUUUCGACAAAGACUAACAGUAUGUUAACGCUGGGCAUGAUGAACGAUGCUAGCCCAGCAAUGAAGUGGGCGACGGCUUAUGACAAGAAGGCUAUACGUGCGCAAUAUCUUGGACAGGAGUUUCCAGCCAAGGACAGCAAUGACGAUCUGUUGAGCAAGAGGUCUUCUGUCAAUUAUUUGAAUGACGGUGCAAGUACCGCUGGACAAGCUGCACCAGCUCUUACGGCUGGCACCUCCGUCUUCCCAGCUGACAACACACACGAGCGUGAUUUGCCAGCUCUUCCGCAGGAACAGGAAGUUGCCAAGCAAGAGCUACCAGCUUCUACAAUCGAACAUCAGCCGCCGAUGCAAGAGAUCUCGCAUGCUCCUGAGCCUGAGCUAGCACCGGCAGCAACAUUGGAUUCGCCAACUGUGAACAUCACCCCAGCUGAAGCUGAAGUGCCAGCGCCCACGGCUGAGGGUAUCGCAUUGCCCGAGACUACCCAGACCGAGUAUAACGAUCCACUCGAGAAGGAAUUGGCGGUCGAGCCACCUCUGCCAUCUCCCAAGAUCGGCCGAAAGCCAGUUGGAAGCUCAGGCAACAUGCCAGAGCACCCAGCUUUCCGUUCAAAGCAGACGAUCGAUCCUACUCCUGAAGCACUCCCAGCUGUGCAGACAACUACUCGCGCGCCCGAGAGCUCGCAAAGCCCCAAAAGUGCUGCAGCAAUCGCGGCACAACGAGCUAUGCAGGCGCCAUCGGUUACCGCCACAGUCACCAGCCAGGAUCCGGCUAAGCUUAAGAAGCAAGGUGGUGCUCCUGGUGGUUUCAAGAAGCUAUUUGGGCGUAAGAAGGAUAAUCCGAGCAGGCAGUCUAUGGACGUCAACGGCAACAACGGUAAUCUAGCCCUGCCUUCUGAUGCCAACUUCGGCCGAAGGCACUCUUUCAUGCGCCGCAAGCCAGCGAGAAACACGGCUGAGGUUCCUCGGACUGCCGAGCCGGAUUCUAUCAAGGGGUCUGCGAUGUCUUCACCAAGUAUACAGCAUGACGCCGGCUCGAUGGCUGACGUAUCACACGUCGACUCUCGCUCCGACGCGAACGCCGACGAGGAGUUCAGCCGUUUCGACCAAGGUCCCGUUCACGAAAUGUCUUCUACUUCACCGCAAGACGCCCCAGUCGACUACGAGACUCUACACGCUCCAGCACCCCAACGCCACUUCAACACCCAGUUAGCUGACCGCAUCGCACCUGGCGCCCGCCCAGACCCCGCCGCACGCGAGGACCGCGAUGAAUCCCCCGCCCCGGCCUUCGUCACACCGAUGGAGAUGCCAUCGCAUCAACUCCAGCACAAAGACAGUAUCCCCCAAUCCGAAACCACCCUCUACGACGACGCCGACGACGACGAGGAACCGACGCGCACGAGAACCCAGCACUCGGCUUCGGCUUCGGAAACUGUCCCCGCCGUUCCGGAUCCAGAGGCUACGCAGGAUCGCUGGGCCAAGAUCCGAGAGAAUGCUGCUAGGAGAGCGGCGAGGGCGAGCGAAGAGGGUCAGAGUCGCGAGGGCACGCGGCCGACGAUGAGUACACGGGCUACGACGGAGGAUGGGGAGACUAGUGGGGAGGAGACUAUCGAGUCCCGUGUCGCUCGGAUCAAGGCACGCGUUGCGGAGCUGACGGGGAAUAUUGAUGGGCCGCAGGCGAGUCGGGUGCAUCGGUAG